AUGUGGGCACCUGAUAUCUUAUGAGGGUUCACCCACCCCGGUUUACACGCAUUCCUUUCUAAUGCGCCUAAAAUUUCGAUUUUGCUAAUAAUUUCAACGUGUUCCUAAUAUGGUUCCUAAUGGACUACAUUGGCAACAAAUCUUUCUUUUUUCCCUGCAGAUUGCUUUUCUAUGAUCUUAGGAGCACUGGCCGCCAAAUGGCCCAAACGGAAAGUAAAAGACCCAGCUCAUAGUUCAAUUGGACAAGAUGUAGGUUAUAUUCGUACUGGUUCUCAUGUGGAACCAUAGGAAGGAAUUCAAUCACUACUAGAAUUGGUAUUUAUUUAUGCCAGUAAAAUGACGAAUAGAUGCAUUCGCAUAGUUUUUAGCAUUACGCGCAAACCCGAGUGUCAAAUAAUAUAGCGGCAUUUGGGCGCUCUAGCCAAAACGAAUCCUAUUUCGCUAUUACCUUCUCCAUUACUGAUGUUCUCAUACGCAGGAACCCCUGUAGCCGGCUUUUGUAGCAAAUUCUAAUUUGUUCUCGCCGCUUUGGUUGUGGGGGCUUACUUCCUAGCCCCAGUGGGGAAAGUAUGAUCUAGCGUUAUAGGUCGUUGGGCCGGCCGAAGGUUGCCACGAGUAAGUCCAGUUUGGGGGAACCGAAGGCAGUAUCUCCGUGCACCGGACACGUAG